UACUCCUCCAGCGGGAUCCUGCGGUAUCCUGCGGUAGGCGUCCGCGAAUAUGCCUUCACAGAGGUUGGAAGGUUCUAAAAGUUGGCGCCCAUGUUCAGCAUGAGGGAAACGGGCCUGUCAUCGUGAAGGCAGUUACAUUCUGGACAACAAUGAUCACGACAGACCGUCGCGGCGGUGCUGAGGGAGGCGGAGCAGGCACGGCUUGGACGCCUCAGGCCGACCGGCAAGGAAAGGCCCAGAUGCCACCUGAGAAAGAAGGCCCCCGGCUUCGGCCCGGCGCUGCGCUCGGGUUUCCUGGAAGUUCACGCUAGCUUCCCUCGGCGAGGUUUGCGCCGGGUCGGCGAACGGUGCCGUCAUGGCAGAGGUGAAGGUGAAGGUGCAGCCGCCCGACGCGGAUCCGGUGGAAAUAGAAAACAGAAUUAUAGAAUUAUGCCACCAGUUCCCUCAUGGAAUCACAGAUCAAGUAAUUCAGAAUGAAAUGCCUCAUAUAGAAGCCCAGCAACGGGCAGUGGCCAUCAAUAGACUACUGUCGAUGGGUCAGUUGGAUCUCUUAAGGAGUAAUACAGGCCUUUUAUAUAGAAUAAAGGAUUCUCAGAAUGCUGGUAAAAUGAAGGGAUCAGAUAACCAGGAAAAAUUGGUCUAUCAGAUCAUAGAGGACGCAGGAAAUAAAGGAAUAUGGAGCAGAGAUAUUCGAUACAAAAGUAACUUGCCAUUAACAGAAAUCAACAAAAUUCUAAAGAAUUUGGAAAGUAAAAAGCUCAUCAAAGCUGUGAAGUCUGUGGCAGCCUCCAAAAAGAAAGUCUAUAUGCUAUAUAACCUGCAGCCAGACCGCUCUGUGACCGGAGGAGCCUGGUACAGUGAUCAAGAUUUUGAAUCUGAAUUUGUUGAGGUGCUUAACCAACAGUGUUUCAAGUUCCUACAAACCAAGGCAGAAACAGCACGAGAAAGUAAACAGAAUCCAAUGAUUCAGAGAAAUAGUUCGUUUGCUUCGUCACAUGAAGUAUGGAAAUACAUCUGCGAGUUGGGGAUCAGUAAGGUAGAAUUAUCCAUGGAGGACAUUGAGACCAUCUUGAAUACACUCAUUUAUGAUGGAAAAGUGGAGAUGACUAUCAUUGCUGCGAAAGAAGGCACAGUUGGCAGUGUGGAUGGACAUAUGAAACUGUACAGGGCAGUCAACCCAAUCCUCCCACCUGCAGGCUUGAUCCGGGCACCCUGUGGACUCUGUCCAGUUUUUGAUGAUUGCCAUGAAGGUGGUGAGAUUUCACCAUCUAAUUGUAUUUACAUGACUGAGUGGCUUGAAUUUUAAUAAGAGAGCUGUGAACUUUACUGACAGUUGGCAAGUGGCGUUGUUUUGAGAGCAAAUAACUCAUGAUAGAACACCAAACUUCCUUGGAAGCAUACUUCACAGCAAUGGAUAUGGACCUGCUACUAUGAAGAUAUAUUUAUUCAUGAAGAUUAAAUUUAUAGUCAACACAAUAUCAGAGAUAUAAGUUUAAUAUUGAAAUCUGUUCUUCAGUAAAUAAAAUACUUUGAAGCUGUGGGAGACUGCAUCUCUUGAAUUUCUCAAGACUUGAUGGUUCAAGGACAAAAAAGGCAACAAGCUUGUAUUUACCAAGGACCACAGUAAUGGCUGGAGAAUAAAGAUGUUGACUUUGUUACUUUGGAAA